UUACUCUCUUCGACUGUUUACAUGGUCUAAGGCGGAAGUCCUGAAUCUCCAUGGAUAAAGAGUUGUCACCUUUGGACUGCCUGCUGCCCUCAGGAUCUGCAGUACAAGACAGAAGCAGGUGUUUAAAGAGAUGAAUGGACAAAUCAAUGAAAGGAAGAAAAUAAGGUCUGACUAAAUGACAUGGAAAAGGAGCCACAGACAAUGGUUCAUUCAUUUGGCACGCUAAGAAUCUGUUUGAUUAUUCUGAACCAGCCUAUUGAUGAGGACUACCUGCGUGUUCUCUGGAAUAAAGCUCUCCUGAGGGCGUGUGCUGAUGGAGCUGCCAAUCACUUAUAUAACGUCACUGCUGGAGACCGUGACAGCUUCCUCCCCGACUUUAUCAAUGGGGAUUUUGAUUCCAUCACCACCAAGGUCAAAGAUUUCUAUGCCGACAAGGGUUGCAAGCUGAUUGAAACAUCUGACCAGGACCUGACAGACUUCACCAAAUGUCUUGCGAUCACAGUAGAGGAAAUUCAGAGGAGACAGUUGCAGGUGGAUGCCAUUGUGACUCUGGGUGGUUUGGCCGGGAGGUUUGAUCAGAUCAUGGCAUCUGUAGAGACACUCCACCACGCUCUGUCCAUGUCAAAGCUACCUUUGUUUGUCAUACAGGAGAAGAGCCUGGUGUAUCUACUCAGACCUGGCAGCCACAUACUAGGAGUAAACACAAGCCUUGAAGGAGACUGGUGUGGUCUCAUUCCAGUCGGUGGACCGUGUCAGACAAUAACAACUGGACUCAAAUGGAACCUGGACAAUGAAGUCCUGGAGUUUGGAAAGCUGGUGAGCACCUCCAACACCUACGAGCCCGUCGAACCCGAAAUCCCACGGAAGCCUGUCACUGUCACCACGGACAGACCAGUACUAUGGAGUAUGGGCAUUCGCAAGAAAUAGGAAUGAAAGAAAAAAAAAAAAAAAACAAUCAUCUAAGCCCAAAACCGCACCAGACAAACCUCAAUCAACAGUAAAAUAGAAAUUGAGAAGAAUGUACAAAAAAUAUUAUGCUGCAAUUUCCAAGAUCACGUCUGAAAUUUGUAUUUUUUAAACAUCUAUUAUGUAUUAAUGCAUCCUAACAUUCAAAACUGCUAGUUUUGAAUGUUUGGAUGCUAUAAUGAUCACAUUCAUUUUUUUUCAAAAUGAUCAUCUCUUGUGAAUUUAGACAUAAAUAGGCACCUUUAUACAAAUAGAAUGUUUAUUUUACACUGUUGUCUUAUAAAGCAAGGGUUACCAAAAAAAA